UAAUGUCGGAGUUGGGAUUCGAACUCACAACCUUGCGAUUUUGAGUCCAAUGCUCUAACCACUGGACCACACGACCCUCAUCAGAACUUCCUAAUUUUCUGGUUUUCUAAUUGACUUGAACGAUUAAGUCAUGAGGAGUUGGAUUUUCUUCCUCCCUUUGGUGCUUUGUGUAAGAACCUUGGAGUCCGCUAAGAUUUUGAUGUCAGGAGUCUUGGGGGAAGGAAGUCAUUUUACCGCAUUGGUGCCCAUCGGAAAAAGCUUGGUGAAGAAGGGACACAACGUCACGUUUUUAAUAAGCGAUGAAUAUUCAUAUCGAGCAAGGGAUCCCGAGCUGUCCACGAUCUUCGAAUUUGAAAUCUUUCAUUACAAUGAUAAAACACUAAAUGCGAGGGAAUUUUUCCGUGGAUAUGAGAAGAUAGGGAUCGAAGGAAGCAAUGGUUUUCUACAAUUGCUGCAGAUGUACAAGAUAGGGAGAAGAAUUCAGGUUGAUAUCUGUGAGUCAGUCCUGCGAGACGAUGACAUGAUGAGUAGACUCGCGUCCAUGGACGCCAUCGUGUUCGAACUGCCUUGGCCAUGCAGCAUAUUUAUCAAAUCAUACAUCGAAAGACACCUGAAUGCCACGGAUGUUCGUAUGGUUCUAUCUUCUGCUACGGCACCUGUUCCUGCAAUGUUCCUAAUGGCUGGAUCACCAUUCAAUCCUUCUUAUCAACCGGCAAGUUACACCAGUUACUCUUCAUCUAUGAACUUCUUCCAGAGGAUCACAAAUGGUGUCUAUUCACUUGUUCUCCAUUCUAUCAUGGAAUUUAUCUUUAACAAUGCCUAUAAACACACGGUUGAAAAAUUCGAUCUGCAUGAAAAUCUUGCCUCCUUAUCCACCUCGCAGAAGCACAUCGACCUGUUUCUGACCAACUGCGAUUUCGCUGUCGAGUUUCCAUUCCCCCUGAUGCCCAAUGUGAUUGCUGUUGGUGGCCUGACGGCGCGACCAGCCAUGCCUCUUGAUCAAGAGCUUGAAGAUUUCAUGCAGAGUUCUGGUAAACAUGGCGUCGUCGUUUUCUCCAUGGGCUCCUACUUCGCGUCGUUCACCACGUACAGACCUGACAUCAUGAACAUGAUUCUCGAAGUCCUUUCAAAAUUGCCACAGAAAGUUGUCAUGCAGAUCAAAGAUCCAUCCUUAUACAGUCUUCCAGAAAAUGUUAAAGCGAUGACAUGGAUUCCUCAAAACGAUCUCUUAGGGCAUCCUAAGACAAAGGUAUUUCUGUUUCACUCUGGUAACAAUGGAUACCUAGAGGCUCUCUGGCAUGGUGUGCCAAUGGUAGUCAUUCCAAUCUUUGGCGACCACAUUGACGUCACAGUAAGAAUUGUAUCACGUGGCCUAGGUUUAAUGAUAGGCAAAGAGAAUGUAAGCACCGAUUACUUACACCAUCAGCUUCAAGAAGUACUUUCGAAUCCUUCGUACAGCAUCACUGCGAAACGGCUCUCCGCCAUCUUUAGAGAUCGCCCAUUAGGUCCAGCGGAUCGAGCUGCAUUCUGGAUUGAACAUGUCAUUAAACAUGGCGGUAAAUAUAUGCAAUCACCUGCGUAUGACCUGUCAUUUAUUCAGUAUCAUUUGAUUGAUAUCGGGGUAUUUAUCUUGGUGGUAUUAUGUAUGUUGCUCUAUAGUAUCUUCAUUCUUUUAAGAAAGUGCGUUGGUCAUAUGAAUGGAAAUCAAUCGAAAGGAAAAACUGACUAAUAACGAUCUGGGAUAAUAAAGCCAUUUUGAUAAAAUUCAAAUGAAAGUGUUAGAUAUGAGGUGCUAUUUAUUUUCAUUCUUCAAACAUGUAUUUUAUGAACAACGAAUUACACGUACUUUAAUGAGUAGAAUGCUAAUUCGGCUCAUAAAACUUUAAAAAUAUUGUAUACAAUAAGAAGAAAAGUCGUGAAAAGACAACAAAAUCCUGCAUUUUUUAGGAAUCCGUUUUCUAUUUUUUUUUGUGUCAUGAGGGGUAUUGAAAGAAGUUAACAUAAUUAAAGUUCACAUUGUACAUCUACAUGUCUGUAGUUGUUCAUUAAUUCUGUCAUUACAACACACAUAAUUAAUG